CAGGCUCGUUGAUAAUACUGUACUAGUCGCCACACGGUAGCCUCUCACUCAGGUAGACGGACCCACAGCUGCACCAAGUGUUCUUAUCUCCUCCCAGCCCAUCCCCACCAGCCAAUCAGAAUGGAGGUGAACAGUACGGCCACCAUCUUGUCCUCUGCCUUCCUGGCCGUGGAAUAUGUUGAUGCUGUUUUACCUGACAACCCUCUUCAGCCUUCACUACAAUACGCCUGGGGGUAUGUGAAUGAGAACUACACUAAAUUCCAGAUCGCCACCUGGGGUUCUCUCAUCGUCCACGAGGCCAUCUACUUCCUGUUUUGUCUACCUGGUUUCCUGUUUCAGUUCCUUCCCUUCAUGCAGAAGUACAAGAUCCAACAGGACAAGCCAGAGACGUGGGAGAAACAGUGGAGGUGUUUCAAGAUGCUGCUGUUCAACCACUUCUGUAUCCAGCUGCCCAUGAUCUGUGGAACGUACCACUUCACUGAGUUCUUCAGCAUCCCCUACGACUGGGACAGCAUGCCACGAUGGCCCUACCUGUUAGCUCAGUGUCUAGGCUGUGCUGUGAUAGAGGACACCUGGCACUAUUUCCUCCAUCGCCUGCUACAUCACCGCAGUAUCUACAAGCACAUCCACAAAGUGCACCACGAGUUCACUGCUCCAUUUGGCAUGCAGGCAGAGUACGCCCACCCAGCUGAGACAGUGAUCCUUGGGUCUGGGUUCUUCAUCGGCAUCAUGGUGUUCUGUAACCACGUGACGUUGCUAUGGGCCUGGGUCGCCUUCCGCCUGCUGGAGACCAUCGACGUACACAG